ACGUGGUCAUAAAAGGGGGGCGGGGCUGAACCAUGUGUUCUCAUGCUGUAGGCAAGUUCUACAAGACACAAAGCUCUGGAAAAGAAGACAAUAAAUCAACUCCAGUACCCAGUCAAGCAAAAGAACCUCCUCAAGAUGAAGCCUUGAGCACCAAAAGACAUGGUGCUGUGAAGAGAGAAGCAAGUGAGGUAAUUACUACUAAACCAACCAAGAAGACAUGCUAUCUCACCCCUGAGCCGCUAUGGAGACUGUUUCCACGCCAGCAAAUGGCAUUUGAUUUCUCAAGAUCUUGCUAUCAGAGUUCUGCCGUGUUUGCAUUUGAGUCCGAGGUGUUGGGCACCACAGGACAGAGGAAAUAUCUCGUGACCACUUACUACGAGUUUGGACAACGAUAUCUUGAUAAGAAAGGCCCCAGGCAUUAUUACGAGGUGAUUGUAGAGGAUUCUGCCUGUCGACUGUAUUUUGAUAUAGAGUUCAAGACAGAACUGAACCAGAACACGGAUGGUAAUUCAGCACUGGGGACAUUCAUUCAAUACAUUUGCUACCAGCUGUACGUGCAUUUUGGGCUGAGCUGUGACCGUGGCAACAUACUGGACCUGGAGUCUAGUGCCCCCAGCAAGUUUUCAAGACACCUUAUAUUUCAUCUCCCGUUAGCUGUCUUCAAAAACAACAUCCAUGCAGGUCAAUUUGUUCACCAUUGCUGCGAUGAAUUGAGGGCAUUUCAAUCAGCCUCAGACGCAGGAGAGCAGCAAGCCUACAGCCAGCACUUCCCAGAGCCUGUCAAGAAGAAAAGAAGCAAGGAUCCACCUCCUUGUCCAACUGGCUUAGAACUGAAGAGAUUAUUUGUUCUCAACGAGCAAGGGAAAACAGUACUGCUUUGCGAUGAAGGCGUGUACACUCGUAAUAGGAAUUUUCGUCUCUACUUAUCGAGCAAACUGGGCAAGGGGGUUCCCCUCCUGGUGUCCAAGGACAGCCGAUUCAGGAGCUCCUAUGGUGAAGACUCUAAUCAUAGAAGGAGGAGUCAAAAAUUCAACACUCUCAUGGACUCUCUCGUCUGUAAUGUCAGCUUUAACAGCUGCUCCAGAGUGUUGGAAUUCACUUCAGCCGAGCCUAAGAUAACUAAAUCAUCAGCUACUGCCGUCAGCAGUCGUGAGGGUGGAGGAAAUCAGCUGUCUCCCUUCCCAUUGGUCGACGCUCACAUCACCAGUACCCUCACAAGAGGAGGAGCUCAGGGGAACAUCAGACGGUGGACUUACUUCUCUCAAGGAAAGCAGAUUGUGUAUGACAUUCAGCACAACAGAUGGUGCGAGAAUAUUGGCAGAACUCACAGAAGUAACAACAUAAUGAUCAUAGCUGACUUAAUGAGAGGUGUGUUCUAUCAGAAAUGCCAUGAUCCAGAGUGUAAGAGAGCCAACUUCAGAGGAAAUGAAAAGCGUCUCCCAGCUGUCUGUAAUCCUGUCCCCAAUCAACUCCUCAAUAGUGCUGAGUCAGGAGAUAAUCUGAGCACCCUCUUGGGAGGAGACAUUACUGACAGAGAUAUUUGUGAAAUGGAGGCCGGUGGUUUCGACACCGAGGAGCCGGAACAAACACGCUGCGGAUCACCUGACUGGGUGGAUGGGCUUAUGCUCGAGGCACUGGCAGAGUACGAGGCUACACAAGGGACAGCUGCCAACUCUCCUCCACCAGAAACUGAUUACAAUAUAUCAAUUGAAGAGAUGAACUCUUUUUGCGAAGACAUUGAUGAGAUUUGACCUAUAUCAAUUUUUAUGUAUUCAGCAGUUUCAAAGUAAUUGCUUCAAAA